UCGCUCAUUAAUUCGAAUAACGUCAUAUCUCAAAAAUCGAGAAUUUUGAGUUGAGUACACCAUCAUAUUCCUCAAAAUGCAAGCUUUUUAAUUGUAUAAAUGUCAUAUCUCUACUUGAAAAAUUACCCGCAUGGUGGCGCUAAAUGUCUCCAUUACACCAAACCAAAAGUACAAUAGGUUAGUGGUAACACUGUCUUAUCUCAGUUGUGCUUCAACCGUCUCAGGGGAUGGGUGUGCGAGCUUACUCCUGAAGUGACAUAUGUCUUGAUGUGCCUAUCUUGAAGCAAAUGUAAGUAUCUUUUGUAAUGGAUUAUUUAGUGUUAUAGUGUAUUAUUCUAGUCUUAAUACAGUAUUCAUUUGAGACGUACUUAACUGCUUUGGAAACUAUUUCAAAAUAAUACAGUAUGCUACUGAAAAUGCAGACACCCUUUUUGGGUGUAAACAAAAUGAUACAUUUUGCAACUGAAAAUGCAGACACUCUUGUUGGUUAUCUGAAGAUGUGUCAUUAUUGUCACAAAAUUAGGAUAAAUAGGUGUCUUAUGAUUGAACUCUAAGUAGAAAUAAGUCGUUUUAAAUCUGAACUAUGAUGACGUGUGAAAUAUAUCAUUAAAAUUAUUUUGAAUUAUGACACUCUAACCACUUACGUUCACCCAAUCUAGCAAAGAUGUGCCGAUUGUCUGAAAACUAUUAUUCUAUUUUUGCAGAUAUCGCCCACUCCAUCUGUGUUCAAUAAAAUGAAUGGACGCGGGGAAAAAUGUCUGAAAUUAGCUCUGGCAAAGAAAAGCCCUGGCAUAGGCCUAGAGCAAGUUUCCAACGAUGCUGACACAGGAUCUGUACACGAAAGAGCCAGUGACUCUUUGCAGAGGCAGAGUACAAACAUGGAAGAGGACUCUCAUACCUCUUUGGAGGGAGAACCAUCUGCUUCUAAAGCCCGUCUAAACUUAGUUUCUAAUGAACAUUUUACCACUUCUGAUUUGGACGGGAGCUACUACGAUAAUUCUAAUGUUCAAUUGCCUAAGGACACGACGUGCGAUGAUGAAUCAAACAGUUCUUCCUCAGAAUCAAGCAGCUCUUCCUCAGAAUCAAGCAGCUCUUCCUCAGAAUCAAGCAGUUCCUCCUCUGCUUUAGUGGAUUCAGACGAUUCUGUUAAAGACAAAGAUUAUGUUCCCGAGUCACAAUUAUUGGGUACUACAGAAAAAGACCAGAGUAAUGACAGUGAUGAAUACUCAGGAGAUCAGUGUGGUAAUGAAGGCAUCCUCAAUAGUCCAGUGAAGAAAAAAGGUUUUAAAAGAAAGAGAAACCCACAAACAUGGUACAGAAAUGCACAGAAAAAGCUUAGAAAUGAAGGGAAAGCUUACAAGAUGGCGUCAAAGUAUCACCGGGAGAAACCUGCAAGAACAAUGAAGCCUCCUUGCACUGAAAAAUGUAGGCUUAAGUGCUUUUCAACCUUUUCAAAUGAAGAGAGAGAAAGAAUUUUUAAUGAUUAUUGGCAAUUAGGGUCUUUAGAGAAGCAACGAUUAUUCAUAUUAAAUUGCAUGGAACAAAUCCAGCCAUCUUACAGAUACAUUCGUGUUGGUGGAAACCGACCUCCAAGGAAGCUGAAUAAUGCUUUUUCCUUCAAUGUUGAUGGUGAAAAAAAGAGUUUGCAAAGUAUUUUUCAAAAAUACUUUAGAUAUCAACGACAGGCCUAUUCGCACAGUACAAGAGAAAAGGGCAAAAGUGGUAGGAGUCCUUAUGGAGCCUGAAAAAAGAGGACAGCACACCAAGACUAAAGGUCUUGACCAAUCUACUGUGGACAAAGUACGGGAACACAUCGAUUCAAUCCCAAGAAUAGAAAGCCACUACAUGAGAGCCAAUACAUCGAGACAAUUCAUAGAUGGCAGUAAAACAGUUGCAGAACUUCAUAGAGACUAUGUGAACAUUUGUAAAGAAGAAAAAAUUGAAUAUGUAAAUUAUGCCUACUACUAUAACAUAUUCAAAAAUGAAUACAACAUUUCAUUUUUCAGCCCUAAAAAAGACCAAUGUGAUACCUGUCAGGCGUUUGAGAAUGCAAACGAUGAUGAGAAACAGAGUAUGAAAGAAAAUUAUGAUCAACAUCACUUACAGAAGCAGCUCUCCAGAAACGAAAAAAAUUUAGACAAAACAACUACUCCAUCUACCCAUGCUGUCGCAGUGUAUGACCUACAAGCAGUCUUCCCUCUUCCCAAAGGAGACGUUUCCCUCUUCUACUAUAAAUCAAAGCUUAACGUUCUGAACUUCACUAUCUACGAUUUAAAGUCCAAUGAAUGUUAUUGCUAUGUGUGGGACGAAUCAAAUGGUCACAGAGGCGUUAAUGAAUUGGGUAGCUGUGUACUAGAUUUCAUGAAAAAAUGCUCAGACAAGGGAAUUACUGAUAUAACAUUCUAUUCUGAUAAUUGUGGUGGCCAACAGAAAAACAAAUUCAUGCUCUCAUUGUACCUAUAUGCAGUCAACUUCUUGAAUAUUAAAUCUGUUACUCACAAGUACUUGAUUCGAGGGCACACCCAGAAUGAAGGUGAUUCGGCCCAUUCGCUCAUUGAACGAAACAUGAAAAGGCUUCAAAAAAGUGGGCCAAUUUUCCUGCCUGAAACUUUCAUUACUGGAAUCAGAACAGCAAAAAAGAGGGGAGAACCCUUCAAAGUAAAAGAAAUGACGUUUGAAGAUUUCCUUAACAUAAAAAUGAUUGCAACAGAUUUGGGAACUUUGAACAUUAAAGGUCUCCAGAUGAACCAGAUUAAAGCAUUAAAAAUAUCAAGUGAGUCACCCUGCUCAGUUUUCUGUAAACACUCUUAUGAGGAGGAUUUUCAUGAAGUGAUUGUACUUAAAAAGAAGAAGACAAAUAGUGGCGGUUUGGCACUCAUACCUUGUUACAGUUCAAAGCCUGGAAUAUCCCAAGCCAAGAAAGAAGACUUGAUGGAACUGUGCAGAAAGAAUCUGAUCCCUAAACAGUACAAGUCCUUCUAUGAAAACCUUUAGAACCUCUACUUAUUUGUUUCUUUCAGUAGAUACUUCUGUUGCAAUGCAUUUUUGUCUGUUCAGUUUUUCUAGUCUAAGAAACGUUCACCAGAAGCAUAAAAUUACCUAAGAUAAUAAUUAAACAGGUAGCUAAUUAAUUUACGAGAUGUUUGUUUACAUCGCUUAUGUUCUCAGUUCUCAGUUUCUCAGUUCAUGGAUGGGAUUAGUAUUUUCUUUCUUGCAUAAGAUACAUGAAUAAACAUUUAUGUUUGCUCUUUUUACUAUCGAUAAUAUUGCUUUUUUCAAUACUUAGCUCUAGUCUAAUAAAGGUCUCGUUGAGGCUUAAAAUUACCAAAGUUAUUUCUUAUGUUUUUGUCCCAGCUUGGAAAUGCGAAUUAUUUUUUUAUUUAUUCAAGAGAU